AUGGGAAACGAAGAAGAACACGCACCUCCCUUAAUGGAUUGUUUAGACAUUGAAGAGCAAUGCACUUCCGCAAGAGUUGAUGAAGGAGAACUGUUGGAUAGACUAGAUGAACUGGAAACUGACGAUGGUUGUCCAUCUGUACCAACUAUGUUGCCAUCUUCGGAUUGUAAUGAUAUCAUUGAGGAGCCAAAGCAAGGGAUGGAGUUCAAUUCGUUUGAAGAUUUGAUGGUCUAUUAUAAGCAGUAUGCUAAAAAUUGCGGGUUUGGGGUGAUGACACAAAGGAGUGAGAAGUCAGAGGAUCAAAGUGUCAGAUAUGUCACCCUCGGUUGUGCACGGGGAGGGAAGGCUCGGAUUAAGAGUUCCAAUAUCGCCAAACCACGUCCGACGGGAAAGACGGACUGUAAGGCAAUGAUUAAUGCCUUAAGAGUCGAGGGAAAGAUGCGGUUGACAACAGUGAAUAACUCACAUAAUCAUGCAAUUAGCCCUCAGAAGUCCCGCUUCUUUCGAUGUAACAGAGAAGUGAAUGAGACUGUUAAAAGGGUCCUUGACACAAACGACUUAGCUGGUAUUCAGCUGAACAAGAGUUACGGAUCUCUUGUAGUUGGAGCAGGUGGCUUUGAGAACCUGCCAUUUUUGGAAAAGGAUUGUCGCAAUUACAUCGACAAAGCCCGUCAUCUACGACUUGGAUCGGGUGGUGCUGGAGCACUUCGUGAUUAUUUUAUGAGGAUGCAGUACAAGAAUAACAGUUUUUUUGCAUUGAUGGAUUUAGACAAUGAUGAGAGGUUAAAAAAUAUUUUUUGGGCAGAUCCACGUAGUCGGGCUGCGUAUAAGUAUUUUGGUGAUGUCGUCACAUUCGACACCACGUACCUGACUAAUAGGUAUGGGAUGCCGUUUGCACCAUUUGUUGGUGUAAAUCAUCACGGGCAGUCGAUUCUUUUGGGAGCUGGGUUGAUUUCCAGUGAGGACACUGAAACUUUUACAUGGCUGUUCUAA